UUCAAUAGCACAGUGAAAUUAAAUAUCACAGCUCACCACAACGCUCAGAUCUAGGCUCCGGCUUCGGAGAAUCGUUCACUGAAUCGUCCGACUCCCAACUCACGAAUCUGUUCAUGUACUCACUAGCAUAAGUCGACUCGCCACGAGUACACUCCACCCCUUCUAUCGUUCUCGGAACAGCGCGAUCCACCUCAUUCAACAUAAUAGACAGUUUACCCAACCCCACACCCUCCGCCCCAUCACAAAAGCGACGAAAAAUGUCUCUCUUUGACACCUUCCGGGGACGAAACGGAGGAAGUACCACGUCCUUCAUAACCACCUCCAACACCGGCAUAAUGGACACAACGCAUGGCUCCGAAACAGACGAAGAAGACAACGAGGAUGAGGCACAAGAGUACCUAAACAAGAUGACCGACGACACAAAUCGUAAGGUCGAAACCGUUUUCGGCAAAGGCGUCGAAGUGUGGAAAUCUUUCAACGGCACCAUCUAUGCCGACGUCAACGACACGGUGAAGAGAAAACAGCGAGACCAAGAGGUGUGGGGGAAGAAAAGGAAGCGUGGUGUUGUGGACGGGCAAGGGAAGAUGCUAGAACAGCGAUUUGAUUCGCUCCGGAACUCGACGUCUUCUUCUAGUUCUACAUCCACUGCUACCUCUACGCCUACGCCGUAUCUACCGCUGAUUACAUACACUGACAGCACGAUUUCUUAUCCUUCACUGCCAACGAGAUACGAUACCUCACUUCCGUCUACACCUACAGCGUCCGAAUGGGAAAUCUUCCCAGUGCGGCCGUCUCAAGAGGUUGAUUUCCCUGCUGCGCCAUUGGAGUACAAGUCUCUGUCGAAGGCGAUGCCUGAGCCUAGGAGUGCAUAUGCGAGUAUGCCUGGAAGCUUUGAUCGGCCGAUUAAACCGCUACCAGCACAUGUACACCAGAUAGAAGGAAUGCAGACGACAGACACCACGGUGUCACAGUCUGUGUCCCCGCGUUCAGAUCGAUCAAACUCGUGGCUCUCACCCAUUAGUCCUCCACCCUCUACACCGACAGGCUUUAUCGGUACUAUGCUAGGCGGAGCUCGUGGGAUGAUAUCAGUGUCUUUUGGUAGUUUUGAAAGUAGACAGGCGGUCCGAUUUGAUGAGCGGGGGUAUAAGCUGUUACCAGGGAGCUUCAAUGAGGCUAGCGAGAAGCAGAGUUUAGGUGACGGAGAAAGAGAUCGAGAAGCGAAGCAUGCCAAGAUUGAAGGAAAACCUUGGCCGAGGAAGGGGUAGGCGGGUCAAUGUCUAGUCUGAUAGCGCACGGCGGGGAGAGGCUCAGCAGUCGCUUGCUCCGAGCGUUGUGUCGCAAGCCUUGUGCUGCCAUAUUACAGCAGCUGGGUACAUGUCACAUCGUUAGCAGAAACACAUGAUAAGCACCGGCAAGCAAGUCAAAUUUCACAA